AUGUCCCUUCCUGAAAUUCCCCACGUUAAAUUAGGUGAUUCUGGUUUAUCAGUUUCACGAGUAAUUGCUGGAUGUAUGUCUUAUGGUGAUAAAAGUUGGGCCCAAUGGGUUCUUGAAGAUGAAGAAAAAGUCAUGACCAUUUUAAAAAAAUGUUAUGAUGUUGGAAUUAGAACAUUUGAUACUGCUGAUAUUUAUUCAAAUGGUAAAUCUGAAAUCUUAUUAGGGAAGUUUCUUAAGAAAUAUAAUAUUAAAAGAGAUAGAGUGGUUAUCUUAACUAAAUUAUUUAAUCCUGUUAAUGAUCAAGAUUAUUCUUUUAGAUUACAAAAAUCAGGAUUACCAGAUUAUGAAUAUAUUAAUUCAAAAGGGUUAUCCAGAAAACAUGUAUUUGAUGCCGUUCAAGAUUCGGUUAGAAGAUUAGGUACUUAUAUUGAUGUAUUACAAAUCCAUAGAUUAGAUAGAACCACUCCAAAACAUGAAAUCAUGAAAGCUUUAAAUGAUGUCAUCUUAGCAGGACAUACUAGAUAUAUCGGUUCAUCAUCUAUGAAAGCAGUUGAAUUCGCUCAAUUACAAUUUAUUGCCGACAAGAAUGGAUGGUUUAAAUUCAUUAGUAUGCAAAAUUAUUAUAAUUUACUUUAUCGUGAAGAAGAACGUGAAAUGAAUGCCUUUUGUGAUGAUAAUAUCUUUGGAAAAGUUGGUUUAAUCCCAUGGUCACCUAUCGCUAUGGGUGUAUUAGCACGUCCAUUAAAUACUGAAUCUCAAAAUAAUAGAAAUGCUAAAACUGAAUCUGGUAUAACUCAUUUACAUUUAGGUGGUUUAUCCGGUAAUGAUGCUGAAAUCGUUAAUAGAGUUGAAAAAUUAGCUAAAAAACACGGUGUCAGUAUGGUUAUUAUUUCCACCGCUUGGGUUAUAAGUAAAGGUACUUGUCCAAUUGUUGGUCUUAAUUCAAUUGAAAGAGUUGAAGAAAUCGUUCAAGCUACUCAUUUCAAAUUAACUCCUGAAGAAAUUGAAUAUUUAGAAGAACCUUAUGAACCAAAGAAUUAUUCCAUUUUUUAA